AUGGCGGAAGCAAUUGAAGAGAAGUUGGAAAGACGCGCUCGCAAUAAUUUGGAGGAAACAAAUGGUCAGAUGAUCGCAAGGUAUAUCACUAGGCUGAGAAGUUCUUUGCAUGAGAAAAUUAGGUUUAAGACUUUAUGGACAGUUCAUAAGGCACAGAACAUGGCAUUGAAGGCCGAAUUACUAGAGAAAGAAAAGCGUACUGGGUCGAGUGUUAGUGGUAUAAAAAAGAGAAGUUAUGAAUCCUCUGCUACAUCGAUGUAA